AUGUGUGAAACUUGGAAGGAAUUGACUGUCAUACCAAAUAUAACCGGUUUGAUUGCCCGGUUAUGAGCUGAGUAAGUAGUUAACCAGAAGGGUCAAUUUGUAAAUUAAGAGACAUCUGAUCGAAUUUUGUUCCGACGACCGUGAAUCACCAGCAAAGGAUUCGUGUCAAUGUUCUUGUGAGAUCGAACUUUCUCUGGGUUCGUGCAGAAGCUUUGCUUUUUUGAGUAUCGCGUUUAAGGCACAUCGAAGAAGAGAGACCCUAAUUUGAUAUUUUGAGUUCUAUCGAUGGCUUCGCUACUAGCUCGCAGGUCGUUCAGUGCUCUCCGAGCUCGACAUCUCGCUUUUUCAGGGCAAGGUUUACAGGGAUCUCAUCUCUGUGGGCUACAGUCCCGUGCUAUAUCUUAUGGAAGCAACAAAGAUGAUGAAGAAGCUGAGCAGCUUGCUAAAGAGAUCUCCAAGGACUGGAGUACUGUCUUUGAACGGAGCAUGAACACCCUAUUUCUCACUGAAAUGGUCAGGGGUUUGUCACUGACCCUCAAGUACUUCUUUGAUCCAAAAGUUACAAUCAAUUAUCCUUUUGAGAAGGGUCCAUUGAGCCCUCGUUUCCGUGGUGAACACGCUCUUCGAAGGUAUCCAACUGGGGAAGAACGCUGCAUUGCCUGCAAACUCUGCGAAGCUGUAUGUCCAGCUCAAGCAAUCACAAUAGAGGCAGAGGAGCGGGAAGAUGGAAGCCGCAGAACCACUAGGUAUGAUAUCGACAUGACGAAAUGCAUCUAUUGUGGUUUCUGCCAAGAAGCUUGCCCUGUUGAUGCAAUCGUGGAAGGACCAAACUUUGAGUUUGCAACCGAGACACAUGAGGAACUUCUGUAUGACAAAGAGAAGCUUCUUGAGAAUGGAGAUAGGUGGGAGACAGAGAUUGCAGAGAAUCUGAGGUCGGAGAGCCUCUACCGCUGAAUAUUGAUCCGAAAAUGCCUUUUGCCUAAUUCUUAAGGAAACGUUUUCGUUUGCUUCUGUUACAAAUAAAGAUGCUUCAGCCUUUGCACUGUUAUUGCUAUCUGUAUUUCUUGAGUUCAUACCGAUGGCAAAAUCAAAUUUGGCUUUGUUUCCGGUUUGAGCUGGACCGUGCGGUAAAUGGAUUAUGAUAUGAUUCAAUGGUGUUGUUACUCUCAGUGUCGGUCGGUCAAGUGUCUAACAAAAAAUUGCUAAUAUCUGAAGAGAACAUUAAUGAUGUAAAAUACAGAGAAAUACAAGGGUAAAAUGGUAGUUUAAUAGACUGGCAUGAACAUGCAUAAUUGCAUAUCUA